GAAGAAAACUUUAUCUGCUCCGAAUGUGGGUGCUAUUUUUCCAGUAAGAGGAAACUAGACAUCCAUCACCAGCUUCAUACUCAGAAAAAGAUUUAUUCUUGCACAGAGUGUGAUAAAAUCUUCCGAACAAAACACCAGUUUGAGAUUCACCAGAGCAGUCACACAGGAGUCAAACUUUUCAGCUGCUCUCAGUGCCACAAAUGGUUUUCCACCAAGGGUACCCUAGCUGUUCACCAGCAACGCUACUGCCUAGAGAGCCAGGCCACCUGUACCGAAUGUGGAAAGCAGUUCCUCUACAAAGGAAAUCUUAAAGCUCAUUAUCGAGUUCACACUGGAGAGAAACCAUUUGUCUGUCUAGAAUGUGGAAAAACGUUUGCAUACAAGUCCCACCUUGUUUCCCACCAGCGUUAUCACACAGGAGAGGUGCUAACAUGCCGUUUUUGCGAGAUGUUUUUUGUGGACAGGGCACGUCUUGUAGAACAUGAGCGUGUUCAUACUGGAGAAAAGCCGUUUACAUGUUCGGAGUGCGGGAAGGGUUUCGGCAGAAAAUAUCACCUCGUAAUGCAUCAACGGUUGCACACAGAGGUUCGGCCCUUCGGGUGUGCUGCUUGCGGGAUGUUUUUUAGAAGUAAAACUAACCUCAAGCUUCAUCUGCGAGUUUAUGCUGGGGAACAGCCAUUCACUUGUUCUGAGUGUGACAAGAGUUUUUCCAGUAGCAGCAAUCUUCGAAAUCAUUACAGAAUUUGUACUGGGGAAAAACCAUAUUCCUGCUCCGAGUGUGAAAAGACUUUUAUAUAUCAGUCCCACCUUCGUGCCCAUCAGAGGCUCCACAUAGUUGAGAAGCCAUAUUCUUGUGGUGAAUGUGGUCAGCGGUUCCUUCAGAAGUCCCACCUAAGUAAUCACAUCCUAGUCCAUACAGGCAAGGCUCCCUUUAAAUGCAAAGAGUGCGGCAAAGCUUUCAGUUUCCUAUCGAGUCUGUUUAAGCACUAG